AAUAUAGAUAUACACAUGUAUAUCAUCUAUCAGCUAAUUUUUGAUAAAGUUCUUAGACCAUUCAUGGACAUAACAUUUUCAACAAAUGCUUCUGAAACAAUUAGAUAUCCCAGUAUAUAUUUGUGUGUGUGUGUGUGUGUGAAGCUCAAUACUUCACACCUGAGAGGUAUGAGUGUGCAUUACAAAAGAGAACUGGGAAGCUUUGAGAGUAUUGGAUAUGCUCAUUGUCUCCUUCAUGGUGAUUAAUGGGCACAUGUACAUAUCAAAUUCAUCUCAUUUACACUUUAAAUAUUGGAAGUGUGUUUUAUGUUCGUUAGACAUGAAUAAAGCUGCAAAAUGUUAUCAAAAUAUUCACUUACUAUGCUUUUAUUCAUUUUCAUCCCUCUCUCUGUAAACCUUCAGAUAGAAAAUGCAGUUGAAAGAUAUUUCAUAAAGGAAGAAAAAGUAAGAAUACAGCUUUAACCGUUUAUUUUGGUGGAGUCUUUAAGAUUUUCUCUACCUUGAGUGCGCCAGGCGCGGGGAGCCUAGGACCUGGAACGAGAGCCGCCUACCUGCAGCCGCCGCCCACGGCACGGCAGCCACCAUGGCGCUCCUGCUGCGCUUCGUGCUCCUGUGCGGAGUCGCGGAUUUCAUCAGAGGUUGGAGUAUCACUACUCCUGAGCAGAUGAUUGAAAAAGCCAAAGGGGAAACUGCCUAUCUGCCAUGCAAAUUUACGCUUAGUCCUGAAGACCAGGGACCACUGGACAUCGAGUGGCUGAUAUCACCAGCUGAUAAUCAGAAGGUGGAUCAAGUGAUUAUUUUAUAUUCUGGAGACAAAAUUUAUGAUGACUACUAUCCAGAUCUGAAAGGCCGAGUACAUUUUAAGAGUAAUGAUCUCAAAUCUGGUGAUGCAUCAAUAAAUGUAACGAAUUUUCAGCUGUCAGAUAUUGGCACAGAUCAGUGCAAAGUGAAAAGAGCUCCUGGUGUUGCAAAUAGGAAGAUUCAGCUGGUAGUUCUUGGUAAGCCUUCAGGUACAAGAUGUUACGUUGAUGGAUCAGAAGAAAUUGGAAGUGACUUUAAAUUAAAAUGUGAACCAAAGGAAGGUUCACUUCCAUUACAGUAUGAGUGGCAAAAAUUGUCUGACUCACAGAAAAUGCCCACUUUAUGGUUAGCAGAAAUGACUUCAUCUGUUAUUUGUAAAAAUGCUUCUUCUGAGUACUCUGGGACAUACAGCUGUAUCAGAAACAGAGUGGGCUCUGAUCAGUGCCUGUUGCAUGUAAACGUUGUCCCUCCUUCAAAUAAAGCUGGACUAAUUGCCAGAGCCAUUAUAGGAACUUUGCUUGCUCUAGUGCUCAUUGGUCUUAUCAUCUUUUGCUGUCGUAAAAAGCGCAGAGAAGAAAAAUAUGAAAAGGAAGUUCAUCACGAUAUCAAGGAAGAUGUGCCGCCUCCAAAGAGCCAUACGUCCACUGCCAGAAGCUACAUAGGCAGUAAUCAUUCAUCCCUGGGAUCCAUAUCUCCUUCCAACAUGGAAGGAUAUUCCAAGACUCAGUAUAAACGAGUACCAAGUGAAGACUUUGAACGCACUCCUCAGAGUCCGACUCUCCCACCUGCUAAGGUAGCUGCCCCUAAUCUAAGUCGAAUGGGCGCGAUUCCUGUGAUGAUUCCCGCACAGAGCAAGGAUGGGUCUAUAGUAUAGAGCCUCCAUACGUCUCAUCUGUGCUCUCCGUGUUCCUUUCCUUUUUUUGAUAUAUGAAAACCUAUUCUGGUCUAAAUUUUGUUACUAGCCUCAAAAUGUAUCAAAAAAUAAGUUAAUCAGGAGCUGUAAGGAAUAUAUUUUUAAAAAUUUUUGUUUGGUUAUAUCGAAAUAGUUACGGGCAUUAAGGUUAGUAAAGACAAGUUUACCAUCUGAAAAGGCUGGAUUUUCUUUAAGAGGCUGAUUAUAAAGGUUUCUAAAUGUUAUCAGUACCUAAGUAAGAUGUAGCACUUUGAGUAU